AUGGCUAUUGCAUGGCGCCUUUGGACUUGCCCAUUCGAAUCCGGCCCAUCGACGGUCGAAGCUGUGGCCUCCGCCGGCAGAAUCUGCACUAGAUUUACAGAUUAUUUCGAACCUUUACUCAAAUUCGACUUUGUAGAAGCCGCAGAAUCGACAUCUUGGGGAAUUAUAUGCCAAUUGUAGAGCUGUAUGCACUGCCCUGAAUUGCAGAGGUGAAGCUGUUUGUGCCGCGGAGAGCCGAGAAGACUGUCUGUGUCUGCAUUUGUAUAUGAGGAGGAGGAGGUGGUGGUUUUGUUUCAUAUGCCUCGAUGCUUCCGUUUGUUGAGUUUCACAUGCUGGCUUGAUUUGGAGCUUUGGGAGAGGGAAGGGUGAAUAAUUCGUUGGCGGAUUGGUGUGCCGGCCAUUGUGAGGACUCAGUCGCUCCUGCGUGUGAUUGGGCGGUAGUCAGUAUGAGAUGGGUGCAGUGGGUUGCGCUGUCCUCCUUGCGUGCCGCCCGAUCGCUCACAACCUCUUCUGCGCCGACCGGGUUCGGAUUCCAUCAGGGGUAUUCGGGAGUAUCUGCAGUGGUUUGUAAACAGGGGAGUGUCGUAUCUUUCCAUGCUUUAGCCCUUGAGAAAGAACCGCAACCAGAAGAUGAGCGUCGAGAUGGUGAAGUUGAUCGUCACUCGAAUGAAAAGCCGCGCUCGGACAAUUUAAGAGAGAAAUCCAGCAUUGAAGGAGUCUCUCCUGUAAGGUCCUCUACUAUUGAAGCAGAUCCUCGUUAUCAGAGGAGACAUGCUGAAGAAGCAGAUCGAGUAUCUGAUAUGCUUACUGAUUCCCAUGGAAGGAGGCACAAUUAUUUGAGAAUAUCACUCACUGAGCGCUGCAACCUACGUUGCCAUUACUGCAUGCCUGCGGAAGGUGUUGAGCUGACACCAAAUUCAGGGCUGCUUUCUCAAGAAGAGAUAAUCCGAAUCGCUAGCACUUUUGUUGCUGGUGGGGUUGAUAAAAUCCGGCUUACAGGGGGGGAGCCAAGCAUCAGAUCCGACAUUGAGGAAAUAUGUGAGCAGUUAAGAAGCCUUCCAGGUCUCCAAAACUUAGCUAUGACUUCCAACGGCAUCAUUUUGUCGCGUAAACUCUUCAGAUUGCAAGCGGCUGGGUUAAACCAGCUUAAUAUUAGUCUAGAUACAUUAGUCCCAGCUAAGUUCGAGCUCCUCACAAGGCGGAAGGGACAUAAUAAAGUCCUACAGUCCAUUGACACAGCGUUGGGAUUAGGAUUCUCUCCAGUUAAGGUAAACACAGUUGUAAUGAGAGGUCUCAACGACGACGAGAUCUUAGAUUUUGUUGAGAUAACGCGGGAUAGAGAUAUCAAUGUCCGGUUCAUCGAAUUCAUGCCUUUUGAUGGCAAUGUUUGGAAUCCCAAAAAGCUGGUUUCGUACGUGGAGAUGAUGGACACGAUUAAGAAUAAGUUUCCGAGUAUAUAUAGACUAAAAGACCACCCUACCGACACAGCUAAGAAUUUCCGGGUGGAGGGGUAUCUAGGCACGGUGUCAUUCAUCACCUCGAUGACUCAACAUUUCUGCUCAGGUUGCAAUCGGUUACGACUUAUGGCUGACGGCAACCUCAAAGUCUGCCUGUUCGGUCCAUCAGAGGUCAGCCUGCGGGAUGCGGUACGCAGUGGCAUGCAGGAAUCCGAAUUGCAGCAGGUCAUCAGUGAUGCGGUGAAGCGAAAGAAAGCUGCGCAUGCUGGCAUGUUUGAGUUAGCUCGGACUCAGAAUAGACCCAUGAUACACAUUGGCGGGUGAUAUGGCACUUAGUAUAUUUGAAGGUUGUGGAAAGGUGAAAUAGCUUUCUCAUCUGCUGAAAGCGUAUUCGACUUGUCAAGAAGCAGAAGUUGCCAUUAUUUAAUCACCAUCGUAUGUGCGGCUCCUACACAUCUUUCUAGCAAGUUCGUUGUUCUGCCUCCUAUUUAUAUAAUCUUGUACACUCUUUAUUGCGGCUGGAAAAGCAUUGUUUGGCGGCUUCAUCGGAUCUGGAGGAAUUUAAUUUGCCAACAUGUUCUCGGAUGUUAUGUUAAUGCAUUGUACCAUUAGGCUCCAAUUAGUCAAUUCUCACAGUUAUAUCUUAAGAGCAUGAAAGCCUUGUUCGACUAGCUUUAUGGAUUCUUAUUACUGGAUUGCAAUAUGCACUUGCCACGUCUGCAUGACCAGAAUACUUGUUCGUGCAAUCGGAGCUUUGUUUAAUAUGAGUCUGUGAUUGGCCCUUCGUUUACGCAUGCACCUCAAAAUCA